AUCUUGAGCUCGGCAACUCAUCAUUAUCACUUCUCAUCUGCUACCACGGUUGUCGCAACUCCAUUGUGAGCACAUCUCUAGCCGGGCUCAUGAUCUCUGCCCGCUCGCCAUGAGACUGAUCCACGCUCGAAGCAUUCAACUUGUGGAUGUCAUCGAAGAAAGCAGGCCGCUCUAUACCAUUCUAUCACAUACUGGGGAAGAAAAUGAGGUUUCAUUUGAAGACAUGCAAGGCCCUCAUGCGACCAGUAAAUCGGGAUAUGGCAAGAUCAAGUAUGCUUGCCAGCAAGCGCUUGAAGAUGGAUUAGAGUAUGUGUGGGCCGAUACUUGCUGUAUCAAUAAAAGUAGCAGCACCGAGCUAUCCGAGGCCAUAAACUCGAUGUUUCGUUGGUAUAAGAACGCGUGGGAUUGCUACGCCUACCUCGCGGAUGUACAUGUACAUGGCUCCGACGUCCUCUCUCAAGACGCCAUCGACGCAGCAUUCGCGCAAAGUAGGUGGUUUAUAAGAGGGUGGACACUGCAAGAACUACUGGCACCUUCAGAAGUGCACUUCUAUUCUAGUGACUGGGGCAAGCUGGGCACCAGGUACACUCUUGCCGACUCUAUUUCAGCAGUUACCAAGAUUGAUCGCGCCUUUCUGCUAGACCGCGAGACCAUUGGACAAGCAAGUAUCGUAAAAAGAAUGUCUUGGGCAUCAGGGCGAGUGACCACUCGGCUAGAAGAUACUGCAUACUGUCUCCUCGGUAUCUUCGACGUCAAUAUGCCGUUACUCUACGGCGAGGGCGAGAAGGCUUUCAUCCGAUUGCAGGAAGAGAUCAUGAGACAUUCAGAUGAUCAAUCGCUCUUCGCAUGGGGUCAAGAGGAUGAACCGCAUUGGAUGAAAGCGAAUCCGACUAAAUAUGUACGUGGAUUGUUGGCAAGCUCUCCAGCCGAAUUUUCGACUUGCGGGAACGUUAUUCCCGACGAGUUUGCGGAAUUGGAGGAGCCGCACGCUCUCACGAAUAAGGGCGUGCGACUUGCACUUCCUGUUCUUCACCAUGCCUCUCAAGUUCAUCGGACGAGAUCAAGUGGCUAG